GUGGAUUGAAACACGACCGGAGGCGUGUCUUUUUUUUUACCCGGAAAUAUUUCCUUCUUCGGCGCGAAAAAGGAGCCAAAACUUUUGUAGAGAAUUUGUGUUGUUUACAAUCAUCGACUUUGUUCUUCUGUAACGUCCUAUGGUGGCGUUUAACAGUUGGUAUCCGAGAUUAAUAUGAUCCAGAUGUAUGACAACAGCGAAAUGAGACCAGAAACAACAAACGUUAAAAACAACAACAACAAUGAAGCUUUACCCACGGCUUCCCUUCGGCUCCUGGCUCCUCCUCUAAGACUGGUUUCCGCCGCCAUGUGGAAAGUGAUGCAGCAGCGGGAUGCGAUGCACUACGGAAAGCUGGAGGAGUUUGUGACAUCUGUGUCCGAGACCGUACCUGGAUUGCUGAGUUACAGACAUCAGGCUAAGCUUUGCGUGGGUCUGCGGGCACGUUUGAUCCUGGAGCAGCUCCAUGUGGCUCAGUCUCCUGACUGUGAGCUGAUUCUCCCCCAGCUCGAGAGACUGCGUGCUCCUGUUUUACCCAACAAUAAAAGAAUGAGGACUGAUCAAAAAGUGGAGAUGGCUGUAAAGAACUUCCACACACUUGUGCAGACUCUGCUCGAGAAGCCAGCAGAGAGAGAGCAGUUCUUCAAGGAGGAGUUUGACUCUCAGUACGGGCCUCAGUUUGACUCUGCUCUGGAGAAGCUGCUGUGGGAGUUUCUGACCAGACUGGACCAGCUGCUUCCUGUCCCAGAUCUGGCUCAGACCGUAUCGUGGCUCACUGCAGCUCCAGCUGUUCUGGAAGAGUGUGCACGCUCUGCGUCUCAGCCACAACUCCUUAAGACUCUACUGCAGCACGAGAAAUGUCUCGGACACCUGGACUCCGCAGCAUAUUUUCCCUCCUCCAUUGGGGAAUCCAUCCUCUCCUCGCUUUCCCUCCCUCUCUCAGGAAAAGUGCGAGACAGCAACGAAUCAGGAGCCACUCCCACACCGAACCUGAUCCCAAGUCCCACCGCAUCAACACAAAGAUCCAACAAGAAACAAGCGAGAGACUCUGUAUCCUACAUCCCACCGGUUAUUGGCUCAAUAUCAACUGCAGACAUCCUGCACGAAGCUUCGACCAAUCAGAAUGUAGAAUCCCGAUCAGAAAAGGAAAGUGAUGAAGUCGAUACAGAGAGUUGUAUGUACACAAGGGUCAAAUCAAGGUCCUGUGAGAAGAGUAAGCAUUGUGUAGGAAAGGUGCUUGUCAAUCAAACACCUACACUGACGAGCGGUGAAGCUGAAGAGGAGGAUGAAUUUCAAAUCAGCCCGGUGAGAAGAAGUAGUAGGAAGAAUAGUGCAAAAGAUAAACAAGACACAAGGAACGGUGACAAAAUGCUGGAUUUGGGACAGAAGAGGAAAAGAAAAGCAUCGCAGAGAAAUCCCCAGGAAACCAAUCCACAGGAAGACGAAGGUCUUCGUACUGCCUUUGCUUCCUGUGUGAAACGUCAGCUCCGAGUCGUCAUUCCGAGACUGGAAAUAAAAGCUUCUGCUCAAACAGUGGACACCUCGAGCGAUGAGGACCAAACUACAGCGUCUCCGAGAAAACCUGCCACUGAGGGCGUGUGUGCGGUGAUAUGUGUCGAUGCCGGGAAGCGAAAGAGGAAGCUCAGCCUCUCAGAGACUCCUGAGAAGAAUCUGAGCAUCAAUAUUAUUAAGCAAGUUUGUGCUGGCUCUCCCUGCAUCCCCACACUCACACCUUUAAGGAUGGAAAAUUCAGACACGGCCUCUUCUGUAACUCACUCCACAGACGACCUUAUUGUAGAUUCUGAAGAUGAAGCUACUGAAAAAAUUAAAGGCAGGCUGUUUACAAAGCGAUAUUGCAAGACAAAGAGUGACACGUAUAUUCCCACUUUACACGAGUUCUGGACUCCUGGUUUCUUCCGCCGUGAUUACGUCUCCCCGGGAUACGGGUGCAGAUGAGGUUUGGUUUAAUGACCAUUCACCUGGAUUACAAACAUAUCUUUACUUCCCUGUUGUAGCUUUUUUAAAUAAAUGUUUUUAUACUUGUAGGCACUCAAAUCUUGUCUAAGAUUUCCUAUUUAUACAUUAGAUCAGCAUUAAUAAAUUAGCUAAAAUAUAUAUAUUAUUAUGUUGGAUACUACCUAUGUAUAAUGUCUUUUGAUGAUUAAUAAAUAUACUUUGAAACAAAACCAGAAA